UAUAGUAGGGGUACUACGUAAAUACAGGCUGUAAACGAGACCUAGUAUCGUCUGUCACGGUCAGGAUAUCAUAUUAACAUUUAUGUAACAGCGUUCUCUAAAAGUUUUAACGCAUUUCCAUGCAAAACACACUGUAAUUCAGGAGAACAGUGGGUCCUGGGCUAAGAAGGUGUGAUCUGACAAAUGAAGAAGAUGUAAGUACCCUAAUUAAGGAAGAAAAGCCUGAUGUUAUAAUCCAUGCUGCAGCCCAGCGUUUCCCAGAUAUUGUGGAGAAUAAAUAUGAAGAAACGGUGCUUCUCAACGUGAAGACCUCUGCACUCAUUGCUUCCAUUGCACAUGAAAUUGGGUGUAAAAUGAUCCACAUUAGUACAGACUAUGUGUUUGAUGGCUCUGCCCCUCCCUACACAGUGGAAGACAAGUGCAACCCUCUGAGCAAGUAUGGCCAGACAAAGUUAGAUUCAGAACAGGCCAUCUUGACUGAAGUUUCUAGUGCUUGUAUAUUGAGAGUUCCAGUUCUUUAUGGACCGGUUGAGAGGCUUGAGGAAAGUGCUGUUACCUGUCUUCUUGGCAUCUUGAAGAGCAAAGAACCCAAGAGUGUGUCUCAUUAUGAUAAGCGCUGCCCAGCUCAUGUCCAUGAUGUAGCACACAUUUUAUGUGAUAUGAUAACCCUUAUGAUGAAGGUGAAGCUGGAGAUGUUGGGAGAGUAUGAGCGAGGAGUCAACCGCAGGAUCCUCUUUAAAAAGUAUGGGAUCAAGAAGUCAACCAUCUAUGAUAUUAUUCAUGCCAAGGAUAAACUCAGGCCCAAGGCAAAGAAGAUUGACACAGGUUGAUCUAAGGCAAAGGUGCUUCGUAAGAGAAAGCAGCUGUUUGUGAGUCUAGAUGAUGCAGUGUACACGUGGUAAACACAACAAUGCACUGAGGUUGUACCAGUGCGGGUUAUCAGCAUUCAAGCCACUGCAAAACGUCUUGCUGAAUGCCUUGGCCAUCAGAAUUUUAAGGCCGGCUCUGGAUGGUUGUUCAGAUUUAGGAACAGGCACAGUAUUGUGAACAAAGCCAUCACUGGUUAGCUUCUCAGUGCUGAUCGUAAUGCUGUGGACCCCUUUGUGAAUAAGCUGAGGCACGAGCUACAGGUGGCCGUCCAACAGAAAAAGAAGCAGCUAAAGAUCAGCGAUUUUUUCAAAUCAGCAGUUCCAGCGUGGGACUCCUCAGUUACAUUUCCUGCACACACUCCAACUCCUCGUACCUCUGUCGCUUCAACAUCCUCACUUCAUAUUGUGACCCGUGAGUUGCCUGACAUCAUAUUCUUGGAGGAUGAUGAAUAGUGGUAAAGAAAGACAUUGUGUACAAUACAGUACAGACAAUAUUAAGUGCGUACAGUUAACAUUAAAUAUAAUAUGCUAAGUGAAAAGAACCAUGUACAGUACCUAUAUUGUUUUAUAAAUAGAAAAUGAUUACAAUCCAGUAAAAUUAAAGUGCCAAACAAUUAACAAACUAAAUUGUAACUGAACAUUAUAAGUGUGCUGUUUGCUUCCACUAUUGAAUCUACCAUCUACAGCAUCUAAUAAGGUAAUUAAAAACACCUUUAUCAGUUUUAUAUAUUGUUCUGUUUAAACCAUAAACAAUGGCUAGCAUUUUAUGUAGAGUAUACUGUACAGUAUAUUGUCCUUAAUAGGGAUAGUGUACAGUGGUCUAAUCAGAUAUGAUAUAGGCCUAAUGAGCUAAUACAGUAGGUACUGUAGAAGAGAUGUUCUUGUGUAAAUGUGUUGGAGGUUGAGGGAAGGCUGGAUUGGCUGUUGCCAUGUUCACCUGUUUGUUUUUAUUAAUAGUAUUCAUUAUUUUAUUCUUGUAUGAUCAGCCUAUUAUGGUGUAUGUUUCAUCAUAAAUGAUAUAACUUACAGUAUAUAAUAUGACUUCCAAAUAAAAGAAAAGCUGAAUCACAAGGCAAUCCUCUUUCCUGACAACUUACCCCUUC